ACUAAAUUAAAAAAAAAAUUACAUUUAUUUUUUCCCUGUGAGAGAUACUCUUGGUCUCCUAUCUCCAUGCCCUCCAGUCCCCCAAUUAACUGCGCUCGCACGCAACAUUUGUCAUACAAAACAAAUAAACAAACUAGGACCAACGUGGGUGUUGGACUUUUCUAUUACUACUAUACUACUACUACUACUACUUCAUUCAUUUUCCUCAGAGUUAGUGAUCAUCCUAGCCAGAUCUACUCAUCUCUAUUAUUUCUCCACCACCAUCUCCUCCUCAGAAUAAUUAUUAGAUCAUCAGCUGAUAAGUGAUCAACAAUGUCGUCGACGCAUCAUGCUAAGACGGAUUCGGAGGUGACGAGUUUAGCCCCGUCAUCUCCGAAUCGGCCUGUUUACUACGUCCAGAGCCCGUCGAGGGACUCACAUGAUGGAGAGAAGACUACUAACUCUUUUCACUCUACGCCCAUUCUUAGCCCAAUGGGUUCACCGGGUCGACAAUCCAGGGACUCAUCUUCCACCAGGUAUUCGGGCUCACUCAAGCCCGGUUCGCAGAAGUCGAGCAAUGGGUCUAGAAGCAACAGUGGGAGACACCAUCAUCAUCGUCAUCGAAAGGGUGAUAAGCAGCAAUGGAAAGAAUUUGAUGCUAUAGAAGAAGAAGGACUUCUUGAUGAUGAUGGCUAUAAUAAGGGUGUACCUCGUCGCUGUUACUUCUUGGCUUUUGUUGUUGGCUUCUUUUUGCUCUUCACUUUCUUUUCUUUAAUCUUGUGGGGUGCCAGCAGAAAUCAGAAACCUGUCGUUACCAUGAAGAGUAUAUCAUAUAAUGAAUUUGGGGUUCAAGCGGGAAUGGACUUCUCAGGAGUUGCAACAGAGAUGAUAUCAAUGAACUCAACAGUGAAGUUGACAUUUCGUAAUACAGGAACAUUCUUUGGGGUGCAUGUAACAUCUACGCCUCUUGUUCUUUCCUUUUCACAACUCACUGUUGCCACUGGAACUAUAAACAAGUUUUACCAACGAAGAAAAAGUCAGAGAACAGUAGCAGUGACUUUAAUAGGAAGUAAAAUUCCACUGUAUGGAGGAGGAGUCGACUUGGGCAGCAAAGAGGGUAAACCAAUUGCACCAGUAUCAUUGAACUUAGAUUUCAUGGUUCGAGCCAGGGCUUAUGUUUUGGGAAGAGUGGUCAAGCCCAAAUUCUACAAGAAGGUUCAAUGUUCAGUUGUAAUGGACCCUAAGAAAAUGAACGUUCCCACAUCGUUGAAGAAAUCCUGCACCUACAUAUAAAUUACGUAUUACUGCAUUAAUUAUUAAUAAAGAAAUAGACCCACAAGACACGAAGAUGUAACAAAGAGACAAACAAUUUUUGAAAAAUAGCAAGUGUGCUAAACGCAGCUUCUUUGAAGGUCCAAGUUUUGUUAUUUUUCAAAUGUUUGGAAAUUAUUUAUAGAGGAGAAUGAGGUGUGGCUGCCAGGUUUGUCGCUGAUGGCUUGUGGUAUUGAGUGAAUUAUAAAUGCCUGUUGAGGAAAAUGAUGAACCUAGAAACUGAUGUAUUUAUAUAUAUAUUUUUUAUUUUUACUUGUUUUGGUUCAUUCAGAUGAGAUUGUGCAAGAAACUUUUGAGA